AUGUGGAAGUCAAAUGGAGGCAAAAAGAUUGCAGAUAUUGAUAAGAAAGAAGUAUUUGAAACGCAUUAUUUUGUCUCCGAAAAUCAUGAAAAUAAACAACAACCAAUUGAAGAAAAAUUUCAAAAAAGAGCAUAUGUGCUGAAGAAGAAACGAGAAGAAACGAGAAGAAGAUCCCGAUCCAUGUCAAGUCAUGCAAGUUGUGGUGCAUUAUAUUGCUGUGUUGUCAAAAAACUAAGAACACCAAAAUCCGUAAUUCACACCAUUGAUGAACGAGUAAGAGUUGAAGAGCCAAGUCGAGUUUAUCGGCAACUGGUUUCAAGUACAGAAGGUGUAACAACAGUAAACAAUAGUCGUCAAGUUGAAAAUAGAAGAGCUCGUCACCUAGCUCAAUUUAAAUUAUCACAAGAUGAAAUAUAUUCAACAUAUAAAAUUGCAUUAGAUAAUAAAUCUUUUGUGAAACAAUUUAUUCUCACACCCAACCUAAUUAUUAUUUGUGGCCAUGAUAAAGGAAUGGAAAUGUUCAAACAAUUGUUAAAAAUUAUAAAAACAAAAAUUAUGCUGUCAUACGAUACAACCUUUCAAUUAACAGAUGCAUAUGUCAGAUACACUGUAAUUUGGAAUUAA